GCUCGCAGAGAAUGAGAGGAUAAACGCACAGACAGGAAGGACUGACCCGAGAGAGUUAGAGUGAGAGACAGAGCUAGAGAGAGAGAGAGAGAGAGAGAGAGAGGGAGCAAGAGAACAAGGGGGAGAGGAACAGAGAGUGUGAGAGAGACUAUCCAGCAUUCAGUCUUUAUGUUUUCAGGGAGAGGAGAGAGAAAAACUACAGAGCCAUACUACUACAAUCUCCCUGACUGCUGGGAUUUUGGAACUCCUUCACUUUGAUUUGUUAACUUUUUUCACAAGCUUUCCUUAUUUUUUAAGAGUACAAUUAUUUGUUAAUUCUGAAGCGGAGGACCUGGCUGUUACUUUUUCUUGUGUUCUCUGGGAUAUUUCUCACGACACUCUGCCCUCUGGUCUCCACACUGUGGACCAGAGACCUCUCUGCCCCUGCUGUGCCCCUGACAAGGCAUUGUCAAACGGCUGCUUGUCGUUAGGGCAAUUGGUUGAUUGUCGUCAGGGCUGGGUUGUUGCUUCUUCAUCUUUGCGGGGAAUGACCCUAGGAGGCGUGGGAUUGGUUGCACUCCAGGGACGCUCCUGAAAAGACUGCGGAGGGGACUCAAGGCGCUGUGGCCCCACGGAACUGAGAGAGCCGCCCCUCCCCCUCCUCAACCCCAAGACGCCCCAUUUCACUGCAGCAUGGAUCUCCCCCCAUUUAGAGGUCUCUCUGAUGUGCCGUGAGAGGUGCGACUCCCCCGUCCCUGCCCCAGUCCCGACCCCAUCCCCCUCCCUCGUGCCCCUCCUUCAAGGACCAGGAUGGACCCUCCCCCAGGUCGUGGCCCUGCCCCAGUCAGGAUGGACCUGGAUGGGCUGGACCUCCAGCAGGUGCCUGUCCUCUCCCUGGACCAGAUUCGCUCCAUCCGGGCCAGCAAUGACUAUGUGGAGCGCCCUGUGGCCCUGGACCACACCUCACAUUCUGGCUUCUUUUACGCCCACGACGACCGCUACCCCAUCACCCAUGGGUACCCCCCUCAAGGUUACCUUCAUGGUUACUCUCAGGGGUACCCGUCCCAUGCCCCUCUCCCCCGGAGCCAGAGCCAGCAGCAACACGCCCACCUGACCCAUCUGAGUCGCUCCAGUACGGCCAGCUCAGCCAUGUCCCGGACCAGCGCUGCCUCCGACCAGAGACUCCUGGCGGGCCUGACGCCCUCCCACUCUGGCCUGGCCUCGGUGGUGCGCUCCCAGCCUAAAGGAGAACUCAAGCCUGAGGCUUCUCUAGGUAAAGGCCUGGAGGAGGGAGAGGACCUGGGCUUGCACCUGUUUAUCUGUGAGCGCUGUGGGAGGUGUAAGUGUCAGGAGUGCUGCGCCCCGCGGAGCCUGCCGUCCUACUGGGUCUGUAGGCAGCGCUGCCUCUGCUCUGCUCAGAGUGCUGUUGAGUACGGCACCUGUCUGUGCUGCGUUAAGGGCCUGUUCUACCACUGUUCCGCUCAGGAUGACGAGGACAACUGUGCCGACCGGCCCUGUGCUUGCACGCCCGCCCACGCCUGCGCUCGCUGGGGUACCAUUGGCCUUCUGGCGCUGUGCCUGCCCUGUCUCUGCUGCUACCCACCUGCCAGACUGUGCCUCGCCCUGUGCCAGCGGGCCCACGACCGAGCCACCCGCCCUGGCUGCCGCUGCAGCAACACCAACACCGUGUGCCGCAAGAUCUCCACCUCCAACCCCAACCCUGGGCACGCCCCCUUUCGCAGCAAGUCCCUGGAGAAGCCUGUAUGACAGUGGUGCACCUGGAGUCAGUCGUCGCCUGGACAACGCAGUCUUUGACAACAUUGCCAUGACAAUGCAAUCGCCCCGCCCAGCCCGUCGUGAUCUACCUACCGUGACCUUUCACCUUACGUACUUUCCAUACUUCUUCUUUUCCUCCUGCCUGAAGAGAAAUGACCAAAAGCCUUACUGUACUUUACUGUAACUGUACUGUACGUGUGGAGACUUGAGCCGAAACCUGAAACCGCCUGGUGCUUUUUGCUGAACUGACUGCCAAACUUAACCUUACUGUGUUACUGUGUGGGCAUACAGUCUCUACCUUCCCCUUACUGUGUGGGCAUACUGUCUCUACCUUCCCCUUACUGUGUGGGCAUACUGUCUCUACCUUCCCCUUACUGUGUGGGCAUACUGUCUCUACCUUCCCCUUACUGUGUGGGCAUACUGUCUCUACCUUCCCCUUACUGUGUGGGCAUACUGUCUCUACCUUCCCCUUACUGUGUGGGCAUACUGUCUCUACCUUCCCCUUACUGUGUGGGCAUACUGUCUGUACCUUCCCCUUACUGUGUUACUGUGUGGGCAUACUGUCUCUACCUUCCCCUUAUUGUGUGGGCAUACUGUCUCUACCUUCCCCUUACUGUGUGGGCAUACCGUCUCUACCUUCCCCUCACUGUGUGGGCAUACUGUCUCUACCUUCCCCUUACUGUGUGGGCAUACCGUCUCUACCUUCCUCUUACUGUGUGGGCAUACUGUCUCUACCUUCCCCUUACUGUGUGGGCAUGCAGUCUCUACCUUCCCCUUACUGUGUGGGCAUACAGUCUCUACCUUCCCCUUACUGUGUGGGCAUACCGUCUCUACCUUCCCCUUACUGUGUGGGCAUACUGUCUCUACCUUCCCCUUACUGUGUGGGCAUACUGUCUGUACCUUCCCCUUACUGUGUGGGCAUACUGUCUCUACCUUCCUCUUACUGUGUGGGCAUACUGUCUCUACCUUCCCCUUACUGUGUGGGCAUACUGUCUCUAUCUUCCCCUUACUGUGUGGGCAUGCAGUCUCUACCUUCCCCUUACUGUGUGGGCAUACUGUCUCUACCUUCCCCUUACUGUGUUACUGUGUGGGCAUACUGUCUCUACCUUCCCCUUACUGUGUUACUGUGUGGGCAUGCAGUCUCUACCUUCCCCUUACUGUGUGGGCAUACUGUCUCUACCUUCCCCUUACUGUGUUACUGUGUGGGCAUACAGUCUCUACCUUCCCCUUACUGUGUGGGCAUACUGUCUCUGCCUUCCCCUUACUGUGUGGGCAUACUGUCUCUACCUUCCCCUUACUGUGUUACUGUGUGGGCAUACAGUCUCUACCUUCCCCUUACUGUGUGGGCAUACAGUCUCUACCUUCCCCUUACUGUGUGGGCAUACUGUCUCUGCCUUCCCCUUACUGUGUGGGCAUACUGUCUCUACCUUCCCCUUACUGUGUGGGCAUACAGUCUCUACCUUCCCCUUACUGUGUGGGCAUACUGUCUCUACCUUCCCCUUACUGUGUGGGCAUGCAGUCUCUACCUUCCCCUUACUGUGUGGGCAUACAGUCUCUACCUUCCCCUUACUGUGUGGGCAUACUGUCUCUGCCUUCCCCUUACUGUGUGGGCAUACUGUCUCUGCCUUCCCCUUACUGUGUUACUGUGUGGGCAUACAGUCUCUACCUUCCCCUUAUUGUGUGGGCAUACAGUCUCUACCUUCCCCUUACUGUGUGGGCAUACUGUCUCUGCCUUCCCCUUACUGUGUGGGCAUACUGUCUCUACCUUCCCCUUACUGUGUUACUGUGUGGGCAUACAGUCUCUACCUUCCCCUUACUGUGUGGGCAUACAGUCUCUACCUUCCCCUUACUGUGUGGGCAUACUGUCUCUACCUUCCCCUUACUGUGUGGGCAUGCAGUCUCUACCUUCCCCUUACUGUGUGGGCAUACUGUCUCUACCUUCCCCUUACUGUGUUACUGUGUGGGCAUACAGUCUCUACCUUCCCCUUAUUGUGUGGGCCAGUCUACUGUACAUAGUACCGUGGCUAUUCUCUGUGUGCGCCUGCCUUUGCCGACCAGACCGAUACUCAACAGACCAACCUCACUGUGCUGUGUGAUGGGCUGGGGUUUGCUCUGUUAGACUUGACCUAUUUAUUUAUUGGACUUCCUCUUCAGUGAGGUAGAGCGAUAGAGAAAGACAUAGGUAGAGAGGUAGAGAGAGAGUGAGGUAGAGAGAGAGAGAUAGCUAGAGCAGACCAUGUGUUACAUGUGAGUACAGUGAGCAAGCUACUAGAACAAAUCCUAACACAGCCAUUAAAUAAAAGGGGUCUCUAGCAGAUGUGUAUUCCAGGCAUGACAGAGACAGAGACAGAGACAGGGUGGUCUACAGGGAGUCUACAGAGUGGGCCUCCUUCCCUCCCCUCCCUCUCUGAAGAGGCAUCCUGGAGCCGACCGACUGAAUGGACAUACAAGAUGUGGCAACGAGCGGCCAUGGCAGACAUUUUGUCUGAGGCUGAUGCAAAGACCCUAUCCUAAUGGUGGAACAAAGACACAAACUCUGAAACACAAACAUGUAUUACUGUUUAACACACCAAAAAGGGACCAUGAUGUACCCGGAGAAUCUAAAGUGAUUAAGCUCAUUUAAUAUGGAAAGCACUGUGAGAUAUAGAGGUGGAUCGUCUGUAGUGUUGUUCAGCUGUCUAACUAACAGACUAACCUGGGGGGCCUCCCUUAUGACCAGACAGUGUGUGUGUGUGUGUGUGUGUGUGUGUGUGUGUGUGUGUGUGUGUGUGUGUGUGUGUGUGUGUGUGUGUGUGUGUGUGUGUGUGUGUGUGUGUGUGUGUGUGUGUGUGGUUGCACGAGCAUGUGUAUGUGCACAAAUGUUUGUGUGUAAGUGUGUGUUCUUUCCGGUGUAUGUACAGUAUACACUAUAUAUAUACAAAAGUAUGUGGACAACCCUUCAAAUUAGUGGAUUCGGCUAUUUCAGGCACACCCGUUGCUGACAGGUGUAUAAAAUGGAGCACACAGCCAUGCGAUCUCCAUAGACAAACACUGGCAGUAGAAUGGCCUUACUGAAGAGCUCAGUGACUUUCAACGUGGCACCGUCAUUGGAUGCCACCUUUACAACAUGUCAGUUUGUAACAUUUUUGCCCAACUAGAGCUGCCCUGGUCAACUGUAAGUCCUGUUAUUGUGAAGUGGAAAAGUCUAGGAGCAACAACGGCUCAGCCGUGAAGUGGUAGGCCAUACAAGCUCACAGAACAGGACCGCCAAGUGCUGAAGCACGUAGUGCGUAAACAAGUGUCUGUCCUCGGUUGCAACACUCACUACCGAGUUCCAAACUGCAUCUGGAGCAACGUCAGCACAAGAACUGUUCGUCAGGAACUUAUGAAGUGGGUUUCCAUGGCCGAGCAGCCGCACACAAGCCUAAGAUCACCAUGCGCAAUGCCAAGCGUUGGUUGGAGUGGUGUAAAGCUUGCCGCCAUUGGACUCUGGAACAGUGGAAACACGUUCUCUGGAAUGAUGAAUCACGCUUCACCAUCUGUCAGUCUGACGGAUGAAUGUGGUUUGGCGCAUUCCAGGAGAACGCUACCUGUCUCAAUGCAUAGUGCCAACUGUAAAGUUUGGUAGAGAAGGAAUAAUGGUCUGGGGCUGAUUUUCAUGGUUUGAGCUAGGCCCCUUAAUUCCAGUGAAGGGAAAUCUUAACGCUACAGCAUACAAUGACAUUCUAGACAAUUCUGUGCGUCCAACUUUGUGGCAACAGUUUGGGGAAGGCCCUUUCCUGUUUCAGCAUGACAAUGCCCCCCAUAAACAAAGCGAGGUCCAUACAGAAAUGGUUUGUCGAGAUUGGUGUGGAAGAACUUGACUGGCCUGCACAGAGCCCUGACCUAAACCCCAUCGAACACCUUUGGGAUGAAUUGGAAUGCCGACUGCAAGCCAGGUCUAAUCACCCAACAUCAGUGCCCGACCUCACUAAUGCUCUUGUGGCUGAAUGGAAGCAAGUCCCCUCAGCAAUGUUCCAAUAUCUAUUGGAAAACCUUUCUAGAAGAGCGGAGGCAGUUAUAGCAGCAAAUGGAGGACCAACUCCACAUUAAUGCCCAUGAUUUUGGAAUGAAAUGUUCAACGAGCAGGUGGUCACAUACUUUUGGUCAUGUAGUGUAUAUGUGAGUAUGUGUGUGUGGGUGUCACGUCCCAUCCUGUGUUAGUGUGUGUCGGGCCUGUGUAUGUUUGCUGUCAGCAGAAGCCUCCUGUUUUAUUUUUAGCCCCGCUGCUUCAGAGGACCCAGAGUCUGGUCAGGUUUCCUCUCCACGGCAGGCUGACGCCAGACUUCCCUGACCCCUCACCGCAUGUCUCUCCCCUCCUCACCUCCCCUGCCUGUACCCAUCCCUCAGCCUCCCCUAACCCAUUCCUUCCUCCCCUCUCCUCUAUUCCUCCCUCCAUCCUGAUAGCGUUGCUGUCUACCGUGCACCAAAGAGAUGGAGCUACCCCAAAUUCCCAAUACAGAGGGAUAUCAUAGGGGAUGGACAGUAAGCCAGAUAAGGCUUAGGAAAGGGAGCCAGAUAAGAAAUAUUACCUCCGUUAUAGAUCUUUACCACUGCGUCCACAACACGUUAUGCAUUUUGCAUGGUCAGGGCUUUCCUCUUCUUGACAGAUUCCUCUGGCCAGUUUGAUCAACCUCAGGCAAGUCCUCCCCCCAACCCCAUUGGGGGGGCGGAGGGGGGCUAGCUAACACCUUCCAGCAUCACAUCUUAGCACCCCUUCCCUCCCAGUUACAUUCCUACUAACUGUAUGGACUAAAUAAAGGUGUCAGUGUGCUUCAGUUUGGCAGUUCAGCAGGUCACACCGAACAAGUGUGCUCGCAUAAUCAAAUCAAAUCAAAUGUAUUUAUAUAGCCCUUCUUACAUCAGCUGAUAUCUCAAAGUGCUGUACAGAAACCCAGCCUGAAACCCCAAACAGCAAGCAAUGCAGGUGUAGAAGCUUCUACUCCAUUAGAAGACCUUCACUUGAUAAACGAGAAAGAAGCAGCAAUAGUACUGUUUGUCCGUUUAGGGACGCUGUAGCCAGAAUACACUUCCUGAAAAUAGUCAGAUAACUCAAGAAAUCUGUCAUUAAUUUUGAUGUUUUUGCAGAGGAGAUCUUAGCUGCUCAAUUUUAUAUCUAACUAAGAUGUUAGGUGCAGUAUUUCUCCAGCGAAAAAAUUUGAAUGAAAACUAUUUGUCUCUCGUUGAAUGACAACAAACAAUCCUUACUGUUGUCCAAUCACCGAUGAAGAGGCACAGACUUCGGGAACCGAUUUCUGCUUGUCUC